CUUUAAGGCUUUACGCCCAAUAUUACACAGGCAAUUCCCACCCGAGCUAGUUAUGUAAUUGGAUCCCCAACGUUUCAACAGCUGAGGAAGACGAGAAAGGGAGAGGGAGAGAGCUAUGCAAAUGGAUUGGUCUUCGUUGAUCUUUGGUUCUGUGAUAAUCUACUGCUUAGUUGUUGCAGUGGUUGCGGAGGAACAGCUGAGCACAAAAGAGUGCGAGAACCUCGGCUUCACUGGUCUUGCUCUCUGCUCCGAUUGCAGAACACUUUCGGAGUAUGUCAGAGAUCAAGAGGUAAUUUCUGAUUGUUUGAAGUGUUGCACUGAAGACUCUAAUGAUGCCACAAGCAAGGUUGUAUAUGCAGGAGCAGUUAUAGAAGUCUGCAUGAGGAAAUUGGUAUUCUACCCUGAAAUUGUUGGCUUUAUUGAAGAAGAGAAAGAGAAAUUUCCUUCUGUAAAAGUUCAAUAUGCAUACAAUUCUCCACCAAAGUUGAUUAUGCUGGAUGAAGAUGGAGGGCGCAAGGAAACCAUUAGAAUUGACAACUGGAAACGUGAACACAUACUUCAGUUCCUAGCAGAAAAGGUUAAGCCAUCCUCCGUAUAUACAGUAUUUAGUACUAGGGAUUAAAUCAUCUUAUAACCAACCUUACCUCCAUAUAUACAGUAUUGAGUAUUCUAUAUUAUUAGUGCAUCAGUUGGUACUCCAUGCAUGAGCAAUAUGCAGCUGGGGUCAACCAUUCUGCAUUUUUCAGCUUAUGAAACCAUUGCAGUAUUCUAUACACUUGGACAGCCAUUGCAGUAUUCUAUACACUUGGGCAACCAUUGCCGUAUCCAGUUUGUGCAUUUUUUUUCUUAUUGCAGCAUAACUAAUCUGCUAAUGUCCUUGCUUUAACCCCAAGUUUGGCAAGUAAGGAUAUCUUAUUAUGGAGUGAGAAUUAAGAUAUAUUUUAACCCCACAUUACUUUGCUUCUUGUGCUGGAGUGAUUCUAUUUUUAAUAGAAACAAUAAAAAUGGUCAUACUUGUGUACAGAACCAUUAUUUAUUCAUACGUGGUAUGAUUUUGCCAAAUAA